AUGGUGAUACCUCUGCACGCAGUGGAUGACCUGGGCGCAUUUCCCCCUCCGCAGGAGGCUUCCCCUGCACUCCUUGAAUUUAUGAUCAAUCCCAGCAGCCUGUUUGAGGCUGCUCCUGGAUCCGAUUCCUGUCUUGUUCUCCGGGGCCACUGGAGAGACCUGCACAGCUAUUUUCUGUCAGCUGCCGUGGAGCCCGGGAUGGAGAUUAUCCCCGACCACGUGUCUACAUGUGUCCCUGGACGUGUGCACUUCUGCGUGCUCGCGAAAGUUAAGUACAAGCGCGGUGCCUGUGCCCGUGUGCAAACGUGUGUGGAGCAUUUCUGCGCAGAGCCGCUUAGGGUUCUCAAGUGCUCCCCCCUUUCUGGGCCGCCUUGGUACGUUCUGCAUCCCCUUCGACAGUGGUUGCGCCCAUCCCACCCGGAAGUGCUUGCUUCUCCGCCGGCGGAGCAGCUGCGCACCGACAUGGACCCGGCCGGCGAUGCGAGCCCGUCGGACCCAGCUCUCACGACUGCGGAGUCAGCCCAGGCCUCGGUGACCCUUUCGCAGCUGCUGCAGCUGGUCCAGCAGGGCCGGGAGCUCCCGGGCCUGAAAAGGCGCGACAUCGCGGCGACCCAUGGCGAACCCACGGCGUCCCAGCUCCCACGGAGGCCCAAGCCCUGGGAGGCAGCGGGCUCGGCGGAGGCCCCCGCGCCGCCGCUCUAGGCCUGGGCCACAGGCCUCGCCGACCCUGGAGUACGGGGAGAGGAAGCGCCUGAAGGAGCCCCGACCCACGGAUGCAACGACCGUGCCUCCCUGAAGGACACCGGCGAUCUGGUGGGCUUGACUGUUCGGCCUCAGCUCGGACUGAGAACAGCACCGACCAGUUGUUCCUCUUGUGCUUCCGCCCUGACCGGUCUCAGCUGCACUUAAGCCUCCGGGGAGCACCGUCGGGGUUGUUUUGUACCCGUAUUUCCGUAUCAUGAUACUCUCUUAAAAAAUUGUCUUUACAUAUAAUUGAAACAAAUCUCAUACUUAUCUACGA